GACCCGAAGAAACAGACUCCUAGCCCGGCCAGGUUCUCCUUCCUGCCUCCCCUUAACCCCCACCCGCCCCCCACCCACCCUCCCGGCGCUGCUGGCUUUCCCCGCAAACUGUCCCAGGGCAAAGAAGACAAGGCCUCUGCCGUUAAGGAGGUCUUCAUGGCAUCACCAUCAUCAUCAUCAUCAUCUUUCCAGCGAAAAAGGUUGGGUACUAAUCUGGAGCUUUCUAAGGAGCAGAUACAGGAGAUCCGUCAAGCUUUUGAUCUCUUUGAUACUGAUGCAACUGGGACCAUUGAUGUUAAGGAAAUUAAGGUGGUGAUGAGAGCACUGGGAUUUGAACCCAAGAAAGAAGAGAUUACAAAGAUGAUAAGUGAAAUUGACAAGGAAGAGACGGGAAAAAUGAAUUUCAAUGACUUCUUGAUUGUGGUAACUCAGAAAAUGUGUGAGAAAGAUAGCAAAGAAGAAAUCCUGAAAGCUUUCAAGCUUUUUGAUGAUGAUGAAACUGGGACCAUAUCAUUCGACAAUCUCAAACGUGUAGCCAUGGAGUUGGGUGAGAACAUCACUGAUGAGGAGCUUCAGGAAAUGAUUGACGAAGCUGAUGGGGAUGGAGAUGGGCAAGUCAAUGAACAAGAAUUCCUGCACAUCAUGAAAAAAACCACCUUUUACUGAGAGUAUUCUCCCCUACUCUAAGCACAUACAAUUAGUUUUAGUGCCUGUUAUUGUGUGAAACCUGGUUUUUGAGAACACAAAUGUUUUUCCCCAUUAACCUCGCUGUUAUACUUAACAACCUCGCAUCCAUUUUCAACUUUUGCAAGUGUUCUUUGUGAAGUGACCUGCUGCUUCCUUUAAUUCUCAAAAAAAAAAAAAAGAA